CCAAGGCAAAGCCCAAACACGCCACCAGAAAUAAGGGGCGGCCCAACCCCUCCCCCCAAUUCAGAUUCCCCAACAUCGUCGCAUCCAUGGGUUGGCGUUGGCACGACGACGGCGAGGGCGACCGUGGCCGCGGCGGGCUCGGCGACAUCCCCGACCUCGCCGGCCGAGGCGGCGGCGAGGGGGCGCACGUCGGCACGCGCCGGGUGGUGCAGUCCCGCUGCCACACGGAGGAGGUGGAGCCCGGCCGCUUCGUCCGCAAGUGCGAGAAGACCGAGCAGCUCCUCCGCGACUGCGUCGGCAGGCCUUCUGAACUGGUGGAGUCGAAAACUGAGAACACCGAAGAAGAUGUCGCAGAUGAAAUGACCGGUGGUGCCUCGCGUUCUCUUGGCUUCCCAACAAAAGAGCCCUUUGCAUUUCCAGGACUUCGCAGUGACAUAGAAGCUAUUGAGAAAGGCUUCGGUAGCUUUCUGGAUGAAGCUGAGCGGAUGACCAACGAAUUCUUCAAAUCUUUUGGAUUUCCACCCAUUCAUGACGGGGACUCGAGACCAUUUCCUAGGCAACCUGCAGAGAGGCAUAUUGGGGAAGGUACUGCGAAGAAGCCCAAUGAGAAUGAGUACUCAGAAUUCGGUAGCCAGAUAACCGAUGUGUAACAAGCUACAGUCAUAUAACAUGCCUUGGAGCUGAAGCCAGAGAAGUGUGUUUCACUGGGUAUCUAGGGUACUAAAGUGGUUUCUCUUUUGAACUCUUCAUUAUGGUUGUAAUAGGCGAUGAAGAAUCAUAUUUUACUAAUUUUAUCUGCAACUAUCAUAAGUGUAUGACUUUUGGUUGUAUGGGCAUUAUGUAUAGUACUGUUUUCAGACGCUUCAGCUAAAACAUUUUAAUUUGGGAUGGAA